CCAAAAUCCUGCUCCCGGUUGCUGCCCGUGAUAGUGCUUUUGUGCCAGCCAUCCCACAGCACCAGGAUGUGGUUACUGGACAGGUCAGAUUUGCUGAUCCUAUCGCUCUUGCCUCGAGUUUCGUACACUGCCACACAGCCAUCUGACAUCCUGCUUCUGCUUCCACUGCUUCCUCUUGCUGCCUAUAUAGGGCAUCUCCACAGAAGGACUUUCCGAGCCCGGGCACAGCAGGUGGAAAGGCAGCACAGGGGUGGGGGUUGCCGAGGCCACCUGAGCCGGUCCAGGAAAAAGAGGCUUUGUCCUGCAGAUCUCAGCUGCCUUGAGGGCAACCCAGGGCUCAAGCCAAGCCCAGGAGCUUACAGCAUGGAUAACCUGACCUCCUCCGCCGGCGGCAAGGACUCAUGCACCUACCACGAGGAGUUUAAGCAGAUCCUGCUGCCCGUGGUCUACUCGGUGGUCUUCGUCCUGGGGCUGCCCUUGAACUUCAUCGUCAUCGCCCAGAUCUGGCUGUCGCGCAAGUCUCUGACGCGGACUACCAUCUACAUGCUGAACCUGGCGGUGGCUGACCUCCUCUACGUCUGCUCCCUGCCUCUCCUCAUCUACAACUACUCCCAGAAGGACUACUGGCCUUUCGGGGACUUCACCUGCCGGUUUGUGCGCUUCCAGUUCUACACCAACCUGCACGGCAGCAUCCUCUUCCUCACCUGCAUCAGUAUCCAGCGCUACCUGGGCAUCUGCCACCCGCUCUCCACCUGGCACAAGAAGAGGGGCAAAGGCUUCACCUGGAUGGUCUGUGGGGUCGUGUGGUUCCUGGUGGUCGCCCAGUGCCUGCCCACCUUCGUCUUCGCCGCCACCGGGAUCCAGAGGAACCGGACUGUCUGCUACGACCUGAGCCCGCCGGACCGCUCUGCCAGCUACUUCCCUUACGGGAUCACCUUGACGGUCACGGGCUUCCUGAUCCCCUUUGUCUUGAUCUUGGGCUGCUACUGCUGCAUGACUAAGAUCUUGUGCCAGAAGGACGAGAUGAUCGGGCUGGCCGUCCGCAAGAAGAAGGACAAGGCCAUACGGAUGAUCGUCAUCGUGGUCCUCGUCUUCGCCAUCAGCUUCUUCCCCUUCCACCUCACCAAGACGCUCUACCUGAUCAUCCGCUCCAUCCCCGAAGUGCCCUGCCUCACCCGGCAAGCCUUCGCCAUCGUCUACAAGUGCACCCGGCCGUUUGCCAGCAUGAACAGCGUCCUUGACCCCAUCCUCUUCUACUUCACCCAGCGCAAGUUUCGCGAGAGCACCCGGCACUUGCUGGAUAAAGUCAGCUCCAAGUGGAAGCACGACUCGUGAGGAAGCGUCCGUGAUCCUGUGCCAAGGGAGGGUUGGCGACGCCCCGUCUGCGCGGCACCGGGCGCCAGAGGGAGAGCUCGGCCUAGCGUGGCUUCAGAGGCCUAACUCUGGUUGCCAUGCCAACCCUAUUGGAAGGCCUUGGGAGAAUGUCACUGUGGGAACAAUGGACCGCCGGGAUGCUCUGCUCUCUUUCGCUUGCCUUAGGGCUGCGAGGAUUCGCUCCUGCUGGUUUGGGAGAUAUCUGCUGCCCAUGGCCGGCACCAAUGGUCCUUCGUACUGCCAUGCACCCAGAAUUGAGUGGCGGAAGAACAGGAGAAAUGCGACUGGCGUAAAGUCAGGGUCAUCGAAGCUACCUUCUCCCAAGUCACUCUGCCCAUCCACCUGGCGCAGUUUUGUCUACCUGGACUGGCAGCAGAUCCCCAGGGUUUUGGGUUGGAGCCAUACCUGGAAAUCAUAUAAUUGUAGAACUGGAAGGGACACCCAAAGGUCCUCUAGUCCAACCCCCUGCAAUGCAGGAAUAAACAAGAUGCCAUUGGAAACUGAACUUGAGACCAUGCUGAGCAGAUGUUCUGCCGCUGGGCUAUGUCAGCUGAAGGAGUGAGGAUCCUGAGAGAGGAUCUCUUUAAUGAGAUAUUCCAGAUGGAUUGAAUGGGCUCUGGGUGACCGGGAGUGGGUGGGGGGUCAUCGCUUAAUUGUUUAAAGCCUUUGGGGGUCACCCAGGCCUUGUUCAAGAAACAGUAUUAUUACCUUUUCACUGAGAAAGGAGUCCUAGUCUUUCAGAUCCUUUCUGAAAUCAGAGGGUUCCAAGCGUGAGCUGUGAACAGAUCCUUUGACGACAGAUCUCCAACUGGAAAAUGAACAUCAGCAAACAAAUGCAACCUCCCCAAGUUGCUGCGAUGAACUGAGAAAUGGGGCGUUGUCCUGUCCAGCGAGUCCUCCAUCGCCACGUUUCUCUGAAGGGACCCCGUUGAAAAACCACCAGUGUUGAUUGAUUUGUUGUCAUUUCUUUUAGAAGAUGUAAUAAAUUUCAGGCUUGGAAGUUCAGCUUAAUAUGUA